AGCUCCCGCAAAACCUAGACUUCCCCAGCGCCGCCGCCGCCUCCUCCCUCGCCUCGCAAAACCCUAGCCCGCGGCUCUCCUCUCUUCCCCGCCACCCACCAACCAACCAUGGCGUCCGAGCUGGCGUACGCGCCGCCGAUGAAGUCCGGCAAGGCCGGGUUCGAGGGCGUGCAGGAGGUGCAGCACCGGAUCCGCAUCACCCUCUCCUCCAAGAGCGUCAAAAACCUCGAGAAGGUGUGCUCCGAUCUGGUGAAGGGAGCCAAGGACAAGCAGCUGAGGGUGAAGGGCCCCGUGAGGAUGCCCACCAAGGUGCUCAACAUCACCACCAGGAAGUCCCCUUGUGGAGAAGGUACCAACACCUGGGAUCGGUUUGAGAUGCGUGUGCACAAGAGGGUGAUCGACCUUGUCAGCUCUCCUGAUGUUGUCAAGCAGAUCACCUCAAUCACCAUUGAGCCCGGUGUCGAGGUUGAAGUGACCAUCAGCGACCAGUAGUUAUGUUGUCCAGCGUCUUUUAUCUUUUUACAAGGGUGAAGAGACACCAUCGAUCAAGAUAUUUUUGAAGUUUGUAGUAUGAGAACUGGUUUUGUAUGACUAGGUUCUUUGCAUCGUGAUUCUGAGUACCUAUCGACCUAAGUUAUCGAUCAAUUUUAGCUCUCUGGUGUGUUCGAAUGGAUGUUCAUACUUGGCUCGCUGUUGAUCUAUAUGAUUUGUGAUUUGGAGCUUUUUUGUGCA